AUGGAGAUGCUGAGGUCAUCUGAUCAAUCUCAGUUCGUGUCCUAUGACGCUUCUUCCACCUCCGCCUCUUCUCCUUAUCUCCUCGAUAAUUUCUAUGGUUGGACGAAUCAAAAGCCUCAAGAAGAAGAUAUAUCAGCUUCAAUGGCGGAUUCAACAAUCUUAUCAACAUUUGUAGACCAACAAACUCAAUCUCAUAAUCACAUCCCAAAACUCGAAGAUUUUCUCGGUGACUUUCGUUAUUCAGACAACAGUCAAACCGAUACACAAGACUCUUCUUCCCUCACUCAUCAUAUCUACGGUCACCAAAACCAAACCGGGUUUUACUCUGAUCAUAACCACGAUUUCAAAUCCAUGACCGGUUUUCAAACCGCUUUUUCCACAAACUCCGGUUCUGAAGUUGAUGACUCAGGUUCUAUCGGUCGGGCAGCUCAUAUAGCGGGAGAGUAUUUGGGACACGUGGUGGAGUCUUCUGGUCACGGGGGAGCUUUGUCACUUGCGGUUAACGUUAACAACAGUAAUAAUCAUAGGACUAGUAAUGAUGAUAAUCAGAUCACUGAGCAUCAUUACAGAGUUAAUAACAACAAUAAUAAUAACGAGAAGACAAAGACGGAUUGUGAGAAGGAGAAGAGUGUUGUGGCUGUGGAAACAUCAGAUUGUUCUAACAAGAAGGUUGCUGAUACGUUUGGACAAAGGACUUCCAUUUACAGAGGAGUUACUAGACAUAGAUGGACGGGAAGAUAUGAAGCUCAUCUAUGGGAUAAUAGCUGUAGAAGAGAAGGUCAAGCCAGGAAAGGACGUCAAGUAUACUUGGGUGGAUAUGACAAAGAAGAUAAGGCAGCUCGAGCUUACGAUCUAGCAGCUCUUAAGUACUGGAAUGCUGCUGCUACCACCAAUUUUCCUAUUACUAUUUACUCAAAAGAAUUAGAGGAAAUGAAGCACAUGACCAAACAAGAGUUCAUUGCUUCCCUUAGGAGGAAGAGUAGUGGAUUCUCUAGAGGAGCUUCCAUGUACCGAGGUGUAACAAGGCAUCAUCAACAAGGACGUUGGCAAGCAAGGAUUGGCCGUGUUGCUGGAAACAAAGAUCUUUACCUCGGAACCUUUGCAACGGAAGAGGAAGCAGCUGAGGCAUACGACAUAGCAGCGAUCAAAUUCAGAGGAAUCAACGCUGUAACAAACUUUGAGAUGAACCGUUACGACGUUGAAGCCAUCAUGAAGAGUUCACUUCCCAUUGGUAGUGCAGCAAAACGUCUUAAACUCUCUUUAGAAUCUGAGCAGAAACCUAUCAUCGGUCAUCAUCAACUCCACCAUUUUCAGCAACAACAACAGCUUCAGAUUCAGUCUUCUCCUAAUGACAGUAACAUUAACUUCUCAGCUGUUCAGUCUCAGAUGAUUCCAUGUGGAAUCCCUUUUGAAGCAGCUUCUCUUUACCACCAUCAACAGCAACAACAACAACAGCAACAAAACUUUUUCCAGCAUUUUCCGGUGAAUGCAGCUUCUGAUUCAACGGACUCUGAUAAUAACUCCAACGUUCAAGGGUCAAUGGGACUUUUGGCGCCAAAUGCAGCUGAGUUCUUCCUCUGGCCUAAUCAGUCUUACUAGAGUCUUAUUUUGGGGUUUAAGUUCUUAAUCUUGUUUAAGGGGUACGGUUUCACAACUUCUUGACUAUGGCUAACCCAUAAACCUGACUAGAAGGAUAUGGAAAUCUCACUUGAGUCUGUCUUUCUUUUGGUUUCAUUAAAUGUUGUUUUAGGCAGGAGUAGAUUGGGGGUGAAAAGGGGAAGAACUGAAAAGAGUUGGGGUUACUAUUGUAUCAAAUUAUAAACUCGGUGGUGACAACGGUUGGUUUUGGGAAUUAGGAGUGGUUUCUUUAUCAAUUUAUGAAAUAUUUAUUUUGAAAAAGUUGUAUAAUAUAUGAUGAGACCAGUGUUAC